AAUCUACCUCCCAUGCUAAUGUAAUUUCGCUUGACAGAAUAAGCUAGUUGCGGCUGCGUGACCUUUGCGCGCGCUCCACUUGAUCUCGCCCCGAUUCUCUUGCCCCUUGCCCUAACGCGACCUAUUUACGUCUAGUUAUAGCCAGUGUUCCCUAGGGCCCUGCGUAUAUAAGUAGGGUGCUAUGGCUGUUAGCCAAGCAGUUUCUGGGCCUCACUGGCUUGCAAAGGACCCUAGUAAACGAUGGACGGAGGUCUUCUUCCUCGCAUACAGCCCUUUCUGGAUCAUAUGGGCCCUUGUGCUGCUGGUUCCCUUUCAGCUUUACGAGUACUGCGGUAACUACGGCUACAUGCUAAUCGGUAUCUCCUGCGCGGCGCCAACCUUCCUGCUGCCACUCGUCAUCCGCUGCAAGGCGGACCAAGGCAAGCCCAUGUGGCAGCGAUUCUGGGUCAAGGCAAACAUCUGGAUCGCCAUCUUCAGCUUCAUCGGCAACUACAUUUGGACGCACUACUUCUACAAGGUGCUGGGCGCCUCCUACACCUUCGUGUCGUGGAGGCUGAACGACGUGCCCAUCACGCUGUACCUGAUGACCCACGGCUACUUCUGCUUCUACCACACCCUCUCCAAUGUGCUGCUGCGGAGGGUGCAAACCGGUCUCGCCCGGAGCUCCCCGCUGGUUCGCCGUACCGCCAUGGCGGUUGUCGUAUUCUUGUUGUCGUACGCAACAGCCUACGCGGAGACCCUCACCAUCGCACAUUUCCCCUACUACACCUUCGUAGACCGCAGCCGCAUGUACAGCCUGGGCUCGCUCUUCUACGCCAUCUACUUCUUCGUCUCCUUCCCCAUGUUCUACCGCAUGGACGAGUACCCGCAGAAGAGGGGCUCCAAGUGGACCUCCUCCGAGGCCGCCCUGGACGCCCUAGCUGCCGGCAUGCUGGUGACGUGUCUGCUGGAUUUCUGGCGCAUCGGGCUGGGGGCCAUCAUUGCGAACGACAGCGCCAGCGG